GAAUAUUCAACAUAUGAACAGAAAUCUGCAAAGCCAAUCAGGGUAUAGAGAAAACAAAAUGGUGAUGUUCGCAACAACCGUAACUUCAUCUUCUUAUUUACAUUUCCCAAAGAGACUUUUGAUUACUCGACAAACAACAAUCAAAUGUUCUUCGACUACAUCAUCAAUUUCCGCCAGUUUUGACCUUAAAACUUACUGGUCAACCCUGAGAGAAGAAAUCAACCAGAAGCUUGAUGAAGCUAUACCUGUUAAGUACCCCGCUCAGAUAUACGAAUCCAUGCGCUAUUCUGUUCUUGCGGAAGGAGCUAAACGAGCACCUCCCGUUAUGUGUGUUGCUGCCUGUGAGCUCCUUGGUGGUAACCGCCUUGCUGCCUUCCCCACUGCGUGUGCCCUUGAGAUGGUGCAUGCUGCUUCUUUAAUCCAUGAUGACUUGCCAUGCAUGGACGAUGACCCAUCCCGAAGAGGUCAACCAUCAAACCACACCGUCUUUGAGAUGGACAUGGCCAUCCUAACUGCCGACGCUUUGUUCCCGCUAGGGUUCCGCCAUAUUGCACGAGCCGUUGGUUCCACCGGCAUGGCUGCUGGUCAGUUUGUGGACCUGGAGGGCCCCGCAAACGCCAUAGACUUCAUCCACGAAAAGAAGUAUGGCGAGAUGGGUGAAUGCUCUGCCGUUUGUGGAGGACUUCUAGCGGGUGCUAACGAUGAGGAGAUCCAACGGCUCAGAACAUAUGGGAGGGCGGUUGGGAUCUUGUAUCAAGUGGUUGACGAUUUGUUGGAAGCGAAAUCAUCUAAAAACAAAUUAGUAGCUGCCGAGAAACUUGUGAAAGAAAAUAAUAAGAGUUAUGUGGGUGCUUAUGGCGUCGAGGAGGCGAUGGAAGUGGCGGAGGCUCUUAGAGCCGAGGCUAAAACCGCUUUGGAAGGUUUCGAGAAGUAUGGCGAGAAGGUGUUACCGUUAUACAGUUUUGUCGAUUACGCUGCUGAUAGAAGUUUUAGCUUCGCUGAUCACGUUUGAUUAUUAAUAAACUAUAUAUGUAACUCUGAAUAAUCAUAAUCUGAUCUAUAUAUCAUGUACUCAAAAGUGGUUUGCAUCAUCAUCUGUAUAAUAUGAUCUUUAAAUAUAAAUAAAUUAUAUGUUAAAGUUAUUAGAAACA